AAUAUACUACUCAAACCUCCAUUCAACCCACACAAAUUGUGCUCAAUGCAUGCCAAGUCUCAAGAGUGAGCCAGUUCCAUUAGAAAAAGUGGAAAGAAAAUGGCUUGACUUGGCUCGCUCCCUAUGUUGUGCUUAAAGAGUGAAGUGAGAAGGAAAAGAGUGUAGAGGGAAAAUAUGGUCCACAUCUCUCUAACCAUCCCUUUUGGUGUGAAAAAGCUUUGGGACAAAUGGAACAUACGAGGGUCUAUUUUGUUCAGUCUCUGGUUGCAGGUCGUGCUGAUUUUUGUGGCGCCAAUCAGAAAAUCCGCAAGGAAAACAUGGGUGAUCUUGCUCAUCUGGUUUGCUUACUUGUUGGCUGACGCAGCUGCCAAUUUUGCUGUUGGUCUCAUCUCCAACAGCCAACGCAACCAAUCCAACAAUCGUAAUCAGCCCAAUCCAACGGAGAGCACUGAUCUGCUAGCAUUCUGGGCGCCCUUUCUUUUACUACACCUUGGCGGCCCUGAUACCAUUACUGCUUUUGCUCUUGAAGAUAAUCAACUGUGGCUGAGGCACUUGCUUAGCCUCGGGUUUCAGGCCGGAGCUGUUCUUUACGUCUUCGUCCAAUCGCUUCCCAACGAAAAUCUAUGGAUCCCCACAGCGCUCAUGUUUGUCGCUGGAAUCAUCAAGUACGUCGAGCGGACACGAGCUUUGUUCCUUGCGAGCUUGGACCAGUUUCGGGAUUCCAUGCUCAAAGAUCCGGAUCCUGGGCCCAACUAUGCCAAGCUUAUGGAGGAAUACGCUUCGAAGAAAGACGCCAAACUUCCAACGCGAAUAAAUAUGACGCCAGAACCUGAUAAAGAAUCCAAGGCUUCUGAUGUUCCACCCAAGGAAGGCGAUUUGAAUCAUCUCGAAGUAGUGCACUAUGCUUAUGACUACUUCCAAAUAUUCAAGGGACUGGUGGUCGAUCUCAUCUUCAGCUUCCGAGAGCGUGAUGAGAGCCGUGACUUCUUCACUAGGAGGACAGCCGAAGACGCUCUGAGGAUAAUUGAGGUCGAACUCAACUUCCUGUAUGGGACUCUCUAUACCAAGAUGGAAGUUGUGCAUUCUACCAUAGGAUAUAUUUUCCGAUUCAUAGCUUUUGCGGCGAAUCUAGCUACUCUCGGAAUCUUCUAUUUCCAAACGAAAAAAGAUGAAUUCCACGGAGUUGAUAUAGGAAUCACCUACACCUUGCUCCUCGGCGCCGUCGCUCUGGAUGUGGUAGCGUUCCUCAUGCUCAUUUUCUCGGAUCGGACUUUUGCUUCUAUAUUCAAGUACCUUGAAAGUCCAUAUUGUAGGCCCAUUGCUGCUUUCUUCGGUGGUUUCCUUGCUCUCAAGAAGCCCCGGUGGCACCGCUGUAAAAAAUGUGGGAUACAGAAUUCUGACCAUCGCCAUCAUGCGUUGGUUACUCCCCUUGGGUUUCGAAGGUGGUCUGGAUCCAUUUCAGCACACAACCUAAUAAGGUAUUGCCUGAAAAGCCGUAGGACAACUAUCCAUGAAUUCCCCAGUUUGUGGGUAAUUAUGUUUGAAAAAAUCCAUCAUCUGUUGGGAAUCGAUAAAGUCAUAAAGAAAGUUGGCGAUGGCAUGACCAAGAUCAAGGGAAAAAUCAGUCCGUGUAACACCUCUCUUCCCAAUAAGGUCGUGUCUUCUAAUAGCAGUGGCUUACCGGGCUCCAUUAUUAUCAGCAAAGUCAUUAGAUUUUUAAAGUGUAUUGAAGAAAAGGUAAAUCAAUUUUUCAACUGGGCUUUCAAAAAAAUUACCAAACCCGUUAAGGAUUUGGUGGAUGAGAUGAUGUACGUGUCCAGUGAGCCAUUCACCCUGGAGCUAUGGAAAUUUAUCUUCGAGGAGCUAAAAACUAAAUCUGAGUUUGCAGAUACCCCAGAAACUGCAAAGAGGAUAUCCUCAGCCAGAGGUGAUUGGGUUUUAACGGAUACUGAUUCGGCAAACGAUCGUAGCAAGUUGCUGAAAUAUGUGAGUGAUGUUCCAUAUGACGAGAGCCUUCUCUUGUGGCACAUUGCUACUGAUCUCUGCUACAACACUGACACUGAGGAAGAGGCUGAAAAAGAAUUCAGUAAGAUUCUCUCGGAUUACAUGCUGUAUCUUCUAAUUUUUCAGCCAUCUAUGAUGUCUGCAGUGGCGGGCAUCGGAAAAAUAAGAUAUCGAGACACUUGUGCCGAGGCUCAAAGAUUCUUCGAGAGACGGAGUUUGCGACCGAACGCAGACAAUAAGGCCUGCGAAGAAAUUCUUUCAGUGAAUACAGAUGUCGAACCUGUGACAGUGAAGGGAGACAGAAGCAAAUCUGUGUUGUUCGAUGCAAGCAUGCUCGCCCAAGAGCUAAAAAGGUUGGAAAGGAAGGACAGAUGGAAGCUGAUUUGCAGAGUGUGGGUGGAAUUAGUCUCAUAUGCGGCAAGUCAUUGCAGAGCAAGCACACAUGCUCAGCGGGUAAGUAAAGGUGGAGAGCUUAUUACGUUUUUCUGGUUGCUGAUGGCUCACUUUGGACUUGGGGAGCAGUUCCAAAUCAACGAAGGACAUGCAAGAGCAAAACUCCUCGUGGGAAAGUAACCGAUCCAGUGAAUCUUACAUUGGAUUCCUGGAGAUGGAACCCAACAUCUAUUUCCUUUAUGUUAAGUGUGUUUCUCUUUUUAGAAUAAAUUUAUGUUGUAGGUGGUCGGUGAUAGGUGUUCAGAAUUAACUCCAAGUUUUCUUUGGCAAGGAAUAAACGUAUAUUGUAAUGUGAUUCUAGUGUAAUUUAAGUUGUUAUGUAGUAUAAUUUUUUUGUUUGCUUUCGCAGUACUUUGCAAGAACAGAGAUAUUACAAUGUAAUUAUUACAUAUGAAUAAAAAUUCUUUAAUUUGUCUC